AAGCACGCAAUGAACUGAUUCAACUGUGAAUGGAGACAGUAUGAAACCACGCAAGAGGUUAACUCAUGAUUGGCGCCAUUGGUUUCAAACUUAAAGAGGGAAACGGUAACAACCAACGAUUCAAAAUUCAUUGACUUGGCCAUAGGUUGGCUGAGUCAUGUCUGAUCGGCCUCCGAGUCAAUGCGUCACAGAGCUAAUCUCGGAGUGUUACCCAAAUCGAACUCUCACUCCUUCCGUCACCAACCGAAUUCCUGUAGAAUCCCUCAAGAAACAAGGCGAUGGAUAUACUCUAAUGCCAGUUCAACUUAUGAGCAUCCUAUAUACACCCAUCUUCUCAACAUAUGUAUGCAGCAAUGCAAACGAAUUCAGUCCCGCAGGGUGUUCGACGAAAUGCCUGAAAGACUUGCAUAUGCUUCGAAAGCCAGUAAGAUUGUCCAUUCACAGAGCUUGAAACUUGGGUUUGGAUUGAAAGGGAGGUUAGGAAACGCCGUUGUAGAUUUGUAUGCUAAGUGUGGCAACGUGGAGUUUGCCUUGAGGGCUUUUGAUCAGCUUGAGAGCAAAGAUGUUAUUGCUUGGAAUUCAGUUUUGUCAAUGUACUCGAGGCUGGGAUUGUUGGAACAGGUUAUUCAGCAUUUUGGGUUGAUGCAAAAUGGUGGGGUGUCACGAAAUCAGUUCACUUUCUCGGUUGUUUUAUCUGCUUGUGCUAGAUUGAUGGAUGCUGAGUUUGGGAAACAAGUGCAUUGUAAUGUCAUUAAAACAGGGUUUGAGUUUAGUUCCUUUUGUGAAGGUUCUCUUAUUGACAUGUAUGCUAAACUUAAUAGUGUAACGGAUGCUCGUAGGAUAUUUGAUGGUGCCGAGGAGCUGGAUACAGUGUCCUGGACUGCAAUGAUUGCAGGGUAUGUUCAAAUUGGUUUUCCUGAGGAGGCACUGAUACUAUUUGAAGAUAUGCAGAGAUUAGGACACACCCCAGACCAGGUAGCAUUUGUAACUGUCAUUAGUGCCUGCAUGAGGCUAGGGAAGCUUGAUAAUGCUUGUCAGUUUUUUUCCCUAAUGCGUAACCCGAAUGCUGUGGCAUGGAAUGUGAUGAUUUCAGGGCAUACCAAGAUGGGUUAUGAGUGGGAGGCUGUCAUGUUUUUCCAAAAUAUGAAUAAAGCUGGUGUUAAGUCCACAAGAUCCACAUUGGGUAGCGUUUUGAGUGCCAUUGCAAGUUUGGAGAAUCUUGAGUAUGGCUUGCAGGUUCAUUGUCAAGCAACAAAACAAGGGUUGGAUGAUAAUGUUUAUGUUGGAAGUUCUUUAAUUAAUAUGUAUGCCAAAUGUAAGAAAAUGGAGGCUGCAGAGAAAGUGUUUUGUCCUCUAGAUGAGAAGAAUCUCAUAUUAUGGAAUGCAAUGCUUGGAGGUUAUGCACAGAAUGGGUACACCCACAGAGUCAUAGAGUUAUUCUUCAGCAUGAAGGAUUCCAGUUUCCAUCUAGAUGAAUUUACCUACACUAGCAUUUUAAGUGCAUGUGGUUGCUUGGAAAAUUCAAGAAUUGGGCAGCAACUACACUGUUGUGUAAUCAAGAACAACCUUGAAGCAAACUUAUUUGUUGGAAAUGCAUUAGUUGAUAUGUAUGCCAAAUCUGGGGCUCUAGAUGAUGCAAGGCAACAAUUUGAGCUGUUGAAGAAUCGUGAUAAUGUUUCUUGGAAUUCAAUUAUUGUUGGUUAUGUGCAGGAAGAAAAUGAGGAUGAGGCUUUCAAAUUGUUUCACAGAAUGAACUCAGAUGGCAUUACAUGUGAUGAAGUGUCAUUGGCCAGCAUACUCAGUGCUUGUGCAAAUCUUCGAGCAGUUUAUCAAGGAAAGCAAAUCCAUUGUUUAGCAGUCAAAUAUGGUUUAGAAACUAGCCUAUAUAGUGGAAGCUCUCUUAUUGAUAUGUAUUCCAAGUGUGGGGCCAUUGGUGCAGCAUAUGAAAUUUUCAGUCGCAUGCCCGAGCGAAGUGUGGCCUCCAUGAAUGCUCUGAUUGCUGGAUGUUCUGAAAGUAAUUUACAGAAAUCAGUAAUAUUGUUUCAUUUUAUGCUGGUUGAAGGUUUGAGGCCUUCCGAAGUCACCUUUGUGUGCCUUCUGGAUGCAUGCACUGAACCUUCUCUACUAAAUCUUGGAAGACAAAUACAUAGCUUUAUACAAAAGGUGGGGCUUUUAUGGGAUACUGAUUUCUUGGGUGUCUCUCUUUUGGGCAUGUACAUGAAUUCCCAUUCUAGAACAGAAGCAAAAAUUCUCUUCUCAGAUUUUCCCAAUCCAAAAAGUGCAGUAUUAUGGACUGCUAUCAUUUCAGGACAUGCUCAAAGUGAUUGCAGUGAGGAAUCUCUGCAGUUGUAUCGAGAAAUGAGAAGGUGGAAUGCCUUGGCAGACCAAGCAACAUUUGCCAGUGUCCUCAGAGCAUGUGCCAUCUUAGCUUCUUUGAGACAUGGUAGAGAGAUCCAUUCUGUAAUUUUCCAUACUGGUUAUGAUCUGGAUGAGUUAAUAAGUAGUGCAUUGAUUGACAUGUAUGCUAAAUGUGGGGACGUAAAUAGUUCAGUGCAAGUUUUUGUUGAAAUGGGCAGUAAAAAUGCUGUUUUUUCUUGGAACUCAAUGAUAGUUGGGCUUGCCAAGAAUGGGCAUGCAGAAGAUGCACUACGAUUCUUUGAUGAAAUGAAACAAACCAAUGUGAAACCUGAUGAUAUCACAUUCCUUGGUGUUCUCACUGCAUGUAGUCACACAGGAAGGGUCGCUGAAGGUCGUCAAAUCUUUGAUAUUAUGAUUAGUCACUAUAAAAUACAACCUAGAGCUGAUCACUAUGCCUGCAUGAUUGAUCUUCUAGGUAGAUGGGGCUUUCUUGAUGAAGCUCAAGAGUUCAUCGACAAACUAGAGUUUGAACCUGAUGCUAUGAUGUGGGCUGCAUUUCUUGGUGCUUGUAGAAUUCACGGGGAUGACAAAAGAGGGAAGCUUGCAGCUGAGAAACUCAUUGAAUUGGAACCUGAAAAUUGUUCUCCCUAUAUUCUGCUUUCUAACAUGCAUGCCGCAGCAGGGAACUGGGAUGGUGUUAACACUGUGAGAAGAACAAUGAAAGAAAAAGGUCUCAAAAAGUUUCCUGGAUGUAGCUGGAUUUUGGUGGGACAUAAGACAAACUUUUUUGUUGCAGGGGACGAAUUGCAUCCCAGUGCUGGUGAAAUACAUUCUGUUUUGAAGGAUUUGGCAGCAUUGAUGAAAGAUGAGGAUUUUGUUUCUGAAAUCAAAUAUUUUCUUCACAUGGAAGAAUAAGAUGGUGGCUUUUAUUUUUUCGGUAAGUUAAAAAGCAAGUAGCGAUUAAGUCUUCUGCUGUUUGCAGAUGGAAUAGAGCGGGAGUAGGACCUUGCAUUUUGGGGGGUAGACCCUGGAUCUGCAAGAGUUGCAAAUAGCUCUUCCAACAUUCGAUUGGGAUGAAUUUGAGAUGAAAAUUUAUACGGCUAUAUUUAGGAAGUCAAAUUGCUGUAAAUUCUUGAUCUUUUUUAUUGAUGUUUUCACUGAAGAACAUACUAGAAGGUUAAGUAGCCUAGGUCUACAGGGUUGAACAUCAACAUCCUUUUUUCACUGAUUGUCAAUUCUGAAGAUUAUUGGCAGUUUCUCCACAUUGGGGGAAAAACAGCAAGAAGACAAGACUAUAUUCUUCAAUAACUUGAAUUCUGUGGCUUGUCCUUACAAUUCAGCAGUUAAUGAUGAAGAAAAGUGGAUAACAAAUAUGUCUUCUCUAAAUCUGAAAAGACUGUUCUUCUAUAAUUGGGAUUGUGUGGCUUGUCCUUUUGACACGACAGUUGAUGAUGAAGAAAAGUGGGCAACAAAUAUCUAUCUUCUCUAAAUCUGGAAUUGUCAUUUUCUUGAAGAUCAAGAUAGAAAGGCAUUUGUUCAAUGAACUAUCUCUUCUGGAAACUUCUGCACACAAGAUGUUAUAGCUUUUCUUUGUACAAUCAUUACAUUCUGAAGUGAAGACGCAAACAAAAGGAGGUCUCUAAAAAUUAGAGUUUUGAAUGACAGUGACAAGCCGUUCCAUGGAUCUGGCCAAGACAGGAACUUGAACUACAAAUUUCCAACUUUAAAACUUGUCUUGGUCAUUAUUGUUUUGGGAACAUUUUCUACACUCUUGCACUCUCCAUCAGUUCAUAUUGCUGACCAUCCAUCCAGUACUGGAUUUAGUUAUGUCGUACCAUAUACACCUUUUAUUUUGAUCUUUUAAGUACCAUUUUCAACCUUUUUACUUUAACGAACUUGUUUUCCAGACACAGAGGUUCCCUCCAUUGUCUUUUCUUUGUUUCUGAUUUCGCUUACCUGUCUUUUCCUACAACAAGCCGUUUGAGUCCUUAAUAUUUCUUGUAACUAUGUCUUGGAAGGCAAAGGCUCUUGUAUACAGGCCGAGUUUUGUGGAUCAGUGAUACUUCUUCUGUAGACCAUGCUUAUA